AAGUUUGUCUCGUCUGUGUGGCUUCACAUCUCGCUAAAUAUUUACUUGAGCUGCCGUUUUAAAAGACGAUGGGUCGUAUUUUCUGGUUGAUCUGUGUCGUCUUUGGCCUUUCUCAAGCCAACACUGAGCCUUCAAAUCCGUCUCAUGAAAAAAAUUGCUCGAAACCUGCAAACUUGGUGGAAUUAUCUAAUGGAAAACGGUACCUCUUUUCUUCUCCAACUGACGCAAAUUGGGCGGCCGCUAAUGCGAGUUGCACCAAACUUGGCCUCCACCUGGCCACUCUGAAGACCCAGGUCGACAUUGACGCGGUUUUUAAGCGGGCCAAGGAAAUUAAUCCAAAUUACUAUUGGUUUAUUUCCGCGAAAAACUUCGGCAAGGAUCGAAAUCCCGACCACCGCUGGCACGACGGCUCCAAACUGGAGGAAAACAGCGAGUUGUGGGAAAUCAGCACCCCGCGGACGUGGACGUGCGUCGCCCUGCACACCGCCUACAACAAAAAAUUGUACGGCAUCGACUGCCUCUAUUCUCUCUUUUACAUCUGCGAACUGCCCAUUCAAUGCUAUUGAAUUAAUUGUUCAUAAAUUUGAUUGAAAUAAAUAAAAUAGUUAUUUUGGAACUAAAA